GGAUUCCUCUAGAUAAUGCAAAAAUCUAGCUUCAAAUAUAAAUACCUAAUAAACCUCCAUCAAUGACAUCUCUCCCUCUAUCUCUCUAUCUCUCUCCCCGUUUGCAAGCAUGCAACCAAGAGAUGGGACUCAGAGAAUUUUGCAAUAUAAUCUCAUUGCUUUUGCUAUUCUGGGUCUGCUCAGCACUACUUCAUGGGCAGAAGGCAGGCUUUUUGAUCCAUCCAAACUGAAAAUGUUCGUGGAUGAGCUUCCGGAUAUGCCCAAAAUCCUAGGCUUUGAUGUUGUGUCUGGUGUUCCCAAAUCCAAAUCACUCAAGAUUGGCAUGUUCGAGAAGAAAUGGAAAUUCCAUCGAGAUCUCCCUCCCACGUCGGUCUUUGCCUACGGUCUAUCCAAGGACACGGCCACAGUUCCAGGUCCAACAAUCGAGGCCCUCCAUGGUAUCGAAACCUACGUGACGUGGCAAAAUCACCUCCCUAAAAAGCAUAUACUUCCGUGGGACCCCUCCAUCCCAACAGCCAUUGCAGCUGAUAAGAAGGGCAUUCCUACGGUGGUUCACCUCCACGGUGGCAUCGAUGAGCCCGAGAGUGAUGGGAACGCAAACUCAUGGUUCACAGCUGGAUUCAAAGCUAGAGGGCCCACAUGGACCAAGAAAAAGUAUCACUACCACAACCAGCAACACCCUGGAAAUUUGUGGUAUCAUGAUCAUGCCAUGGGAUUGACGAGGGUCAAUCUCCUUGCUGGCUUGAUUGGGGCCUACAUAAUCCGUCACCCUGAUGCCGAGACCCCACUUGGACUCCCUCAAGGUGAUGAGUUCGAUCGGCCGUUGAUCGUGUUUGAUCGUAGCUUUCGCACCGAUGGUUCCACGUACAUGAAUUCCACUGGAAACAAUCCCUCCAUACACCCCCAGUGGCAGCCAGAAUACUUUGGUGACGCUAUCAUAGUGAAUGGCAAAGCCUGGCCACGUAUGACAGUACGACGUCGUAAAUACAGGUUCCGUAUCAUCAAUGCAAGCAACGCUCGAUUCUUCAGGUUCUUCUUUACCAACGGCCUUGGAUUCAUCCACGUGGGAUCUGAUUCCGCUUACCUUAAUGAACCGGUGAUGACCAAUGCCAUUUUAUUGGGCCCAUCCGAGAUUGCUGACGUGGUUGUUGACUUUUCAAAGUCAAAGAAUGGCAUUGCUAUCCUGGCCAACAAUGCAGCCUAUCCCUACCCAUCCGGCGACCCUGUCAACGAGGCCAAUAGCAAAGUCCUCAAGUUUAUCAUCCUUAGACACCAAGAGGUUGACACGUGGCGAGUGCCCAAGAAGCUGAUGGAAUAUCCACGUCCAAAAUUAUCCGGUGCAUCGUUCACACGAUAUAUCGCAAUGUACGAGUACACGAGCGACAUCGACGAGCCAACUCAUUUAUACUUGAAUGGGAAACCGUAUGAGGCACCUGUGACUGAGACCCCUAAAGUGGGGGCCACAGAGGAGUGGAAUAUAAUCAAUCUAACGGAGGAUAAUCAUCCUCUGCACAUUCAUCUGGGGCUAUUUGUGGUGUUGGAUCAGACGGAGCUGGUGAAUGUGGAGGAGUUCAAAAGUUGCAUGACGAAAAUGAACGACGCGAUCAAGUGCCAGAUAAGCAAGUAUGCACGUGGCAAAAAGAUAGAGGUGCCGACUUAUGAGAAGGGGUGGAAGAACGUGUUCAAGAUGAUGCCCGGAGUGGUGACAAGGAUUCUAGUGAGGUUUUCUUACAUUCACUCAAAUGCAUCCUACCCUUUUGAUGCAACUUCGGAGCCCGGUUUCGUGUACCAUUGCCACAUCUUGGAUCAUGAAGACAAUGCGAUGAUGAGGCCCUUGAAAUUCUCCAAUUAAUUGAGAAUACCCACAGAGAGAGCCUAUUUGAUCAUAAUUCAACGUUGAAUUAUCAAUAAUUUAAAUCAUCCUUCUUUGUGGUUGAAUCUUUUGUGAAGAUUAAAAAAAUAAAAAAUAAAAUAAAAUGCUAUGAAAUAUAUAUAUUUAUUUCAUACGGCUUGUUUAGAAGCUUAUUAUGUUGUAUUUAUUUUUUGUUUUUAAUUUUCUGUUUUCAAAAUUUUGAAAAAAAAAAACUUUUGAAAUUAUGUUUGGAAAGUUUGAAAAACAUAAAACGGAAUUGAAAAAACAUAUUUGGGAGAGUUGAUUUCAUUUUCAAAAAACUGAUAUUUUUUUUUAAAAUUAGCAUUUGGACGAGUGAUUUUCACAGUUUAUUUUCACGUAUAUCAAGGGAAGCUAAUGAGCUGGCGCAUCGGAUGGUAACGGCAGAUCAACUACUCAGAUGAUCCAUAAAGCAAGGGGCACAUUUCGAGUACAUCACGGUUGCAGGGACAGCAUGUACUCUCUCACUUUCAACCAUAGGAUUAGGAAAAAAAAAAAAAACACAAAGUCCGUGUAGGCGGUAGCCUGUAGAAUUGCACUAUUGCCAAUAAAUACCGGUAGGCAGUAGCCUGUAGGAUUGUACUAUUGCAGUAGAAAGUAGAUGGAGGACAAAGUCCGUGUUUUUUGUUUUUUUUAAAGCUUUAUUUUUAUAA